ACCUGUCUGUGAUUUCUGAACGAAAAGGGCAGGACAAUUUUUCCAGCCCCUGCAUAAUUUUAUUAUUCACAUUAAUCACCGGUCCAAUAAACUCACUAUCAUGUCUGUCCUGAAGACGAAUAUGCUGGUGCGAUCCUUGAGCACCUCGUCAGCUGCAGCUCAGAUGGUAAAGCCGCCGGUUCAAGUAUUCGGCAUGGAAGGCCGCUAUGCAUCGGCUCUUUAUUCUGCAGCAUCCAAAAGCAAGUCCCUUGACGCUGUCGAAAAGGAACUUGUAAGCUUCCAGAAGUCUAUUAAAACCGACGCCAAACUUAAGGAAUUUCUGAUUAAUCCUACCCUCAAGAGGUCCCUCAAAGUCGAUGCUCUGAAACAUCUUUCUACCAAGACCAAUUUAUCUGCCACCACUGGUAACUUGCUAGGACUUAUGGCGGAAAAUGGCCGUCUUGGCAAACUGGACACAGUUAUCAAUGCUUUCAAAAUUAUGAUGGCUGCUCACCGUGGCGAGGUUACUUGUGAAGUAAUCACUGCCAAACCUCUGGACCAGGCCCAGAAACAGAACCUAGAAGCUGCACUAAAGAAAUUCCUGAAGGCCAAUGAAACCUUACAACUCACAGCAAAGGUUGAUCCUAGCUUGAUUGGAGGCAUGGUUGUCUCUAUCGGCGACAAGUAUGUAGAUAUGAGUGUUGCCAGCAAAGUCAAAAAAUACACUGAACUCAUCAGUGCUGCUGUUUAAAUAAACAAGAUAUGUUGUAGCUGUGGCAUGAUUAGACAAGGAUAAUAUACUAUGUUUAAACCUCUAAAA